AUGGCAGCACAGGCCCCGACCACCCAACUUCCACGGAACGUGGCCCCUAACAUUGGCACAGUGAGAGAACAGAACAAAUUCCACAAAAAGCACGGAGAGCACUUGAAAGCGCAAGAGUACUGCCUAGGAAAGUAUUGCUGGCAAGCUCCAGCCUGGGUUCCGAUUGUUGGCCACCAAUGCGCAAGAGACGUCACCCCCAAGGCCCUCUGUGACCAUACAUUCUCCGAAUGGAUGCAAGGCUGUGCACGCUGGGAAUCACGACUGGAGAUCCGAGAAGUUCUCAGCAUGGGCUAUGGUCUGUACUCCAAGUGGAAGUGGAAGAAAAAUGAUAUCAUCGGUCCGUAUCUUGGUGAACUAAUCCCGGAGACGUCUGACAACACUGCCUAUUGCCACGAGGUUAGCAUCGGGCCUAUGUUCAGCAACGUAGAGACUCCAGUUGCGUAUAUCGAUGCUGAACAUUGCGGGAAUUACGCCCGCUUCUGCAAUCAUAGCUGCGAUAAUAAUGCAGAUAUAUGUGAGGCCAGAGUUGGCACAGAGAGGAUGCUGGUUUUGAAGGCAAACAAGUCUAUUAUUCCCGGUGAGCAGAUUUGCGUCGAUUAUGGAGAAGACUAUUUCAGACAGAGGCAGUGUCUUUGCGGGAGGGAGACGUGUAAGUAUCCGAAUCUUGUUAAUCCUGUCAAGUCAGUUACCACGCCUAAGCCUAAGAAGAAGAAUCUCAGGUCGAAGACACCGGUAUCGGCUUUGGGGAAAAGGAGGACAAGAAAUGACGAACAUGAUGUGUGUACAACUGAGCCGGAGACGAAGAAGACGAAGAGUAGCGAAGACAGUAACUCCAUGCCGGGGCUAGAGUUUUACCUAGAUCCAAAGACGAUACCACAAGGGGCACCGCAUCAAGAGACUCUAUAUCACCUAGAACCAACAGGUCCAGAGGUGCAAGAAUCAAAGGUCGAGAUCAGUGCCACAAGUGGAUGAGUGGUAAGACAUGUUGCUGUCUAUUCAUGUUUUGCCUCGUUGUGUUCUUCCGUAUGUGUGGCCAGCCCUUUUGUGGCGAUGUUAUCAGCUUUCUGAGUUUACAUAUCCCUUCUAAUUCCAUC